AAAAGAAAAAAAAAAUUUAAUUAAAAAACCUACAGUUUCUCUCUUUCUUCCCCGUAGAAUUCUCAACUACGUACUAUAAAACUAAAAGCUUCCAGCUUUUUCAUUAUCCCGAUUCUAUCAUGGCGUCCUUUUUCUGUUCUACAAAAUUUUUUCUGCUACUUAUUCUUCUCUCUGCAGUUCCUGUAGCGUUCAUUAUUCACUUAGAAACUUCCAAGCCUGCAACUCAUGUGUACGAGUAUCACAGCACCGGAUGGUUAAGGGAGUGCACUAAGUGGGACGACGUCAAACGCCGAUUCCUCGUCUCUUUUAUGGAGGGCGGUUUGGGGGAGGUUCCGGUGCCGGAAAACUAUGUUCCGGGAGCUGUUUUGAAGGAGAUUCCGGUGGUGGAAAACUUGGGUUUAGGCAAGAAUUCGUCGCUCGGGUUCGUUGUGGACCGGCCGAGGAAUCGGGUGGUUGUGGCCAUUGCCGAUGUGAUUGGGAAUUUGUACAGUGCGGUGGCGGCCUAUGACUUGACGACAUGGGAAAGAAUUUUUCUGACCAAGCUCAGUGGCCCUGAGGAUGGAAAAGCGUUGUCAGAUGAUGUAGCAAUUGAUCCAGAAGGUAAUGCAUACGUGACCGAUGUAAAAGGAAACAAGAUUUGGAAGGUUGGAGUGGAUGGAAAAUUCUCAUACAUCAUAAGUAACCCACUCUUCACUCCAAAAGAGUGGUACAAUAACUUGGUUGGACUUAAUGGAAUCGUUCACCAUCCAAAUGGAUACUUACUCGUGAUUCAUACAUUUUCUGGGAAUUUGUACAAGGUUGAAAUUAAAAAGGGUGACGCAGUGAAGUUGGUUAAGAUAAUUGAAGGUUCUUUGAAAUUCGGGGAUGGAUUGGCGUUGUUAUCUCCGACUAAGCUUGUAGUGGCUGGGAACCCAUCAAAAUUGGUUGAGAGCACGGAUGAUUGGGAGAGUGGCUCUGUUGUGGCCAAGUUUAAAGGUGCUUCUCAUCGUUUAGUAACUGCAGCAACAGUGAAGGAUAGGAAGGUGUACCUAAACCACAUUUUUGGUUUAGGGUAUCCUAAGAGAAAGCAUGUGCUUGUUGAGGCCGAUUUUUCUUCAUGAAACAGGGCGCAGUUUGGUGAUUAAUUGAAUGUCAUGUUCUUUUUCUUUUGUUUCUCUCUAUCCGUUUUUCUUUUUCUUAUUGAGGGGCUGUGGAUGUUAUCAUACUGUAUUUUCGCCUUUUCACGCUUGUGUAAUGAGAUUUGAGUCGUCACCACAUGGUUCCAUCAUCUA